AUGAGUGAGCUGGGCUCUCAGAAGACCACUGAUGGCACUGUUUCUCGCCUGCUCCACGUGGUGGAAAGUGAGCUCCAGGCAGGGAGGGAAAAAGGAGACCCCACGGAGAAGCAACUGCAGAUCAUCCUGGAGGAUGCACCCCUCUGGCAGAGGUUCAAGGAAGUCACUAACGAAAUGAUCGUGACCAAGAAUGGCAGACGGAUGUUCCCUGUCCUAAAGAUUAGUGUCACGGGGCUGGACCCCAAUGCCAUGUACUCCCUUCUUUUGGACUUUGUCCCAACGGACAGUCACCGCUGGAAGUAUGUCAAUGGGGAGUGGGUGCCUGCGGGCAAGCCAGAGGUUUCCAACCACAGCUGUGUCUACAUCCACCCGGACUCCCCUAACUUUGGGGCCCACUGGAUGAAAGCUCCCAUCUCCUUCAGCAAAGUGAAGCUGACCAACAAGCUCAAUGGAGGAGGGCAGAUAAUGCUGAAUUCUCUGCAUAAAUAUGAGCCCCAGGUUCACAUAGUGCGUGUUGGAGGUGCCCACCGAAUGGUGAUGAACUGCUCCUUCCCUGAAACCCAGUUCAUAGCUGUAACUGCCUAUCAGAAUGAGGAGAUAACGGCUCUCAAAAUCAAGUACAACCCUUUUGCCAAAGCCUUCUUGGAUGCCAAGGAAAGAAAUCACCUAAAAGAUGUCCCGGAGGCUAUCUCUGAGAGUCAACAUGUGGCCUAUUCUCACCUGGGAGGCUGGAUCUUUUCCAAUCCGGAGGGAGUGUGCACAGCAGGAAAUGCCAGUUACCAGUACGCUACGCCCUUGUCUCUGCCUGCUCCCCACUCCCACCAGGGCUGCGAGCAUUGCCCUGGCCUCCGAGGACCCCGGCAGGCUCCCUACCCUUCUGCAUACGUGCACAGAAACCAUUCUCCCACAGUGAAUUUGAUAGAAAGCUCAAGCAAUAACCUGCAAGUUUUCUCGGGACCUGAGAGCUGGACUUCCCUGUCCUCCACACCCCAUGCCAGCAUCCUGUCUGUACCCCACACCAAUGGACCAAUCAAUCCUGGGCCUAGCCCCUACCCGUGCCUGUGGACCAUCAGCAACAGUGGCGGGGCUGCUGCCGGGCCGGGCCCCGAGGUGCACGCCAGCCCCCCGGGUGCCUUUCUCCUGGGUAACCCAGCUGUGACUGCGCCCCAUUCUGUGCUCUCCUCCCAGACACCCACCUCGGCUGGAGUGGAGGUUCUGGGGGAGCCCUCGCUGACCAGCAUUGCUGUGUCCACCUGGACGGCCGUGGCCUCGCAUCCGUUCUCGGGCUGGGGUGGCCCAGGUGGGGGUGGAAGCCAGUCUCCUCCCUCACUGGACAGUUAGGCAGCAUCCCAGGGAAGGGUGUCAGCAGAGAACAUUCUAUGUACAGAGCACUUAGAAACCCCCUUUACUGAUUCCACUGAGUCAGAUGGCAGGGUCUCCUCACCAAGAGAGUUGGGGUGUGGGGCAGGUUAUACCACAAGGCCUACCAGGAGAUGGUUUAGUUUGGAUGAUGCUAGUUCUGUCACUUCCAUCUCUCCGCCAUUUUCUUUUGCAUUCCAUUUCCUCUCACGCUUAUCCAUGCCCUCUUAGGUGUCAAAAGCUCAUUGAAUACCUUCCUUGUGCCCUGCUCCUUACUCUGAGAAGGUCCUUAGAAGGCUUCACUUCCUGUUCUGUGGAGGUGGUGCA